AGUGGUGUUAGUGCUCGCGGAGCCGCGGCGGAGGGCGUCGUGCUGCCCCGCUCGCUCCUGCUCGCCCGCAGGUCGGCGCGCUAGCCUAGCUGAGCGGCUACCAGCGCUGCGGGGCGGCCGGGCUGCACGCGCACCCGCCAACUGGGAAGCGGAGACACAGCUAGUCCGAGCUUCGGGAUGAGGAGCGGACGAAGUUGACGAGCCCCCCACCCACGCUGCGCCUCUGCGGCGCAGAGGUGCGCUGCCCUCUCCAGGAGGUGCCCGCGCGCCGCUCUGCUCCAGGUGUGCACGGGACAGCCCGCCCCCGAGACCCGCAAACUUCACCCCAAGUCCAAAGUGUGAGCUCCGAGGGCGGUGCCGGGAGCCGGACUCCGUGCAGGGGGAGCUGUCCUGGCGGCUCUCGCGGCCGUUUGAGGGCGGAGACCGGUGGAAACUUUAUCACCAUCAUCGUAGUUACUACGUUUUACUGUUGUUCUCCCCGCAGGGGCUGCAGCGAGCGCUCUGUCGCGCCUGUUUGUUUGCCAAAGGAGCCGCCCCGGGGAGAAGACUCGGAGGGGGGAGUUGUCUCCCCAAGGGAUACCUGCAGCCCAGGCGUGGGGUUUGGGCGGCCUGGAUGCGCAGAACCCAGCCCCGCAGCCGCUGACGCCGGGCGGCGGCGAAGUUUGGCUGCUGAGCGGCGCGGCGCAAGGCCACUGGACAGCGGGCAGCCAGGCGGCAGCGGGAGCGAUGCCGGUGGGGGGCCUGUUGCCGCUCUUCAGUAGUCCCGCGGGCAGCGGCCUGGGCGGCGGCCUGGGUGGGGGGCUCGGCGGCGGCAGGAAGGGGUCCGGCCCCGCCGCCUUCCGCCUGACGGAGAAGUUCGUGCUGCUCUUGGUGUUCAGCGCCUUCAUCACGCUCUGCUUCGGGGCGAUCUUCUUCCUGCCCGACUCUUCCAAGCUGCUCAGCGGGGUCCUGUUCCACUCCAGCCCCGCCCUGCAGCCGCCCGCCGACCGCAAGCCCGGGCCCGGGGCGCGCGCCGAGGACGCGGCAGAUGGGCGAGCCCGGCGCGGCGAGGAGGGCGCGCCCGGGGACCCCGCGGCCGCCCUGGAGGACAACUUGGCCAGGAUCCGUGAAAACCACGAGCGGGCUCUGAGGGAAGCCAAGGAGACCCUGCAGAAGCUGCCCGAGGAGAUCCAAAGAGACAUCCUGAUGGAGAAGGAGAAGGUGGCCCAGGACCAGCUGAGUAACAGGGUGGGGUUCAAGAUGCUGCCCCCAGUGGACUUAGCACCCCUCGUUGGGGCGAUUGACCGGGAGCCGGGCGACGCCGCCAUCCGCGAGAAGAGGGAGAAGAUCAAAGAGAUGAUGAAACAUGCCUGGAAUAAUUAUAAACGUUAUGCCUGGGGAAAAAAUGAACUGAAGCCUGUAUCAAAAGGAGGCCAUUCAAGCAGUUUGUUUGGUAAUAUCCAAGGAGCAACAAUAGUAGAUGCCCUAGAUACACUUUUUAUUAUGAAAAUGAAAGACGAAUUUGAAGAGGCAAAAGCAUGGGUUGACGAAAAUCUAAAUUUUAAUAUGAAUGCUGAAGUUUCUGUUUUUGAAGUAAAUAUACGCUUUGUCGGUGGACUAAUCUCAGCUUACUACCUGUCUGGAGAAGAGAUAUUUCGAAAGAAAGCAGUGGAACUUGGGGUAAAAUUGCUACCUGCAUUUCAUACUCCCUCUGGAAUACCUUGGGCAUUGCUGAAUAUAAAAAGUGGGAUCGGAAGGAACUGGCCCUGGGCCUCGGGGGGCAGCAGCAUCUUGGCAGAAUUCGGAACUCUGCAUUUGGAGUUUAUACACUUGAGCUACUUAUCAGGAAACCCCAUCUUUGCCGAUAAGGUAAUGAAUAUUCGAACAGUACUGAACAACCUGGAAAAACCACAAGGCCUUUAUCCUAACUAUCUGAAUCCCAAUAGUGGACAGUGGGCUCAAUAUCAUGUAUCAGUUGGAGGACUUGGAGAUAGCUUUUAUGAAUAUUUGCUAAAGGCAUGGUUAAUGUCUGACAAGACAGAUCUACAGGCUAAGAAGAUGUAUUUCGAUGCUAUUAAGGCAAUUGAGACUCACUUGAUCCGGAAGUCACGUAACGGACUGACUUACAUCGCAGAGUGGAAAGGAGGCCUCCUGGAACACAAGAUGGGCCACCUGACCUGCUUUGCGGGAGGCAUGUUUGCCCUCGGGGCAGAUGAUGCUCCUGAAGGCCUGACCCAACACUACCUUCAACUCGGGGCUGAAAUUGCCCGAACCUGUCAUGAAUCUUACAAUCGCACAUUUGUGAAACUGGGACCAGAAGCUUUCAGAUUCGAUGGCGGUGUUGAAGCCAUUGCUACGAGGCAAAAUGAAAAAUACUACAUCCUACGGCCAGAAGUUGUUGAGACUUACAUGUACAUGUGGCGACUGACUCAUGAUCCAAAAUACAGGAAAUGGGCCUGGGAAGCUGUAGAGGCCUUGGAGAAACACUGCAGAGUGAAAGGAGGCUAUUCAGGCCUCAGGGAUGUUUACUUCCACAAGGAGAGCUAUGAUGACGUGCAGCAGAGUUUCUUCCUGGCAGAAACACUAAAGCAAGAAGAUUUUACUGUGUGUUGCUCCGCCAGUGGCAAGAACAAAGGUAUUUCAAUUCUAGAACGUGGAUAUUUUAACAAAACCCAAAACACCAAAAAUGUAAACAAGAUAAGAGAUUAAUAUUAUGGUGAUGUAAUUUAAUUAAAGUUAUAUUUUGCAUUAAUUAUUUUAAACAACUGAAGUCCUUAGGUAAAUGCUGUCUUUCAUUCAUUUUCAGCAAAAACGGUGCAAUUAAGUUUACAUAUGUUUUCACAUCCCAAAAGGUGAAUAAUUAAAAUAGCACUUAAUUUUGUGUUUCUGCAUUUGUUUUGGGAUACGUCGUGCAAUUAAUAUUACAUAUAUAAGUUGUAUGGCAGUUUACAGAACUCAGUGAUGUUUGUCAUGAUGCCUUCAUAUGUGCUACCAGUUCUUUCCAUUGAUUGUUUUUGAUUUGUACUUAAAUCCAUUCUGUCAUUUCCAACUUUAUAUAAAUCUCUAAUGUUAUGGGAAAUGAUAGCUCGACACAUAAUUUUUAAAAAC